GGCUCCUCCUAUUCCAGCAGGCAGCGGCUCUUCAGCUCGAGCCGAAUCCGAGUAACGCGCACUCAAGCCUGGCUCAUUUAUUUCACAAGUCCUGUUCAGAGGCGCGAGAGCGCGUUGAGAAUUUGGACGUCGCCAUUUUCCGAGUUCGAGUACUCACGAAGGUUGGUCAGUUUUGCGCAAAAAAUCUUCUCGUAACUCAUUAUAAGGUUUCGCGCCCCCCCCUCUUCCCCUCCUCCAGAACGAGAGGCACACAUCUUCACCGGGACACAGCAAGGCUAACGGCCCUGACCGCCUUUCCCCCCCACCGAGGCUGCUGGAAACGCGGCGGUUUAAAUUAGCGGACACACCGAGCGAUAACGGAAACCGCGGCACGGCUUUUCCCGUUUUUCUCGCGCAGUGAAGGACACUGUGGUCGCGAGCACUGCUAUCACGAGGGAGGCUAAGGGGGGGAAAUGCCACUUUGUCAACAUCUGUAAGCUUUCUGACAAGAACACGUCCACGCUGCUUAGUGCCACGGCUUCCCUUUUAAAGGAGGUAUGUGCGAUUAGCAGCUACGCAGGUGGGAUCACGAGCUCCAAAGCGCAGGAACCUGUUCUUCACCCACACUGACUCCAGCCCAGAAGGUGUGAAGAUGAGGAAGUUUGCAUACUGCAAAGUGGUACUGGCUACAUCUCUGGUUUGGGUGAUGCUGGAUAUGUUCAUCCUUCUCUACUUCAGCGAGUGCAACAAGUGUGAUGACAAGAAAGAGAGGGGACUCCCAGGGAGAGAAGAGGUGGUCCCGAGGCCUCACGAAGGUCCGGGUGAAAUGGGGAAGCCGGUGGUGAUUCCCAAAGAGCAGCAGGAGAAGAUGAAGGAGAUGUUUAAGAUCAACCAGUUCAACCUGAUGGCCAGCGAGAUGAUCGCACUAAACCGUUCACUGCCUGAUGUUCGGCUUGAAGGAUGUAAAACGAAGGUGUAUCCAGAUGAUCUGCCGCGCACCAGCGUGGUCAUCGUGUUCCACAACGAGGCGUGGACGACGUUACUGCGCACUGUGCACAGCGUCAUCAACAGAUCCCCCAGACACCUGCUGGAGGAGGUGGUGCUGGUGGAUGACGCCAGCGAGAGAGACUUCCUGAAGAGGCAUUUGGAGCAGUAUGUGCGGACGCUGGAGGUGCCGGUGCGGAUUGUGCGGAUGGAGCAGCGCUCCGGUCUGAUUCGUGCUCGCCUAAAGGGGGCGUCACUGUCCACCGGUCAGGUCAUCACCUUCCUGGACGCUCACUGCGAGUGCACCAUGGGCUGGCUGGAGCCGCUGCUCGCUCGCAUCAAGCAAGACAAGCGAACGGUGGUGUGCCCAAUCAUCGACGUGAUCAGCGACGAUACGUUCGAGUACAUGGCGGGCUCGGACAUGACGUACGGAGGUUUCAACUGGAAACUGAACUUCCGCUGGUACCCAGUUCCUCAGAGGGAGAUGGACCGCAGAAAAGGAGACAGAACACUGCCUGUCAGGACUCCUACCAUGGCAGGUGGACUGUUCUCUAUAGACAGAGAUUACUUUGCGGAGAUCGGAACGUACGACGCCGGCAUGGACAUCUGGGGAGGAGAGAACCUGGAGAUCUCCUUCAGGAUCUGGCAGUGUGGAGGGACACUGGAGAUCGUGACGUGUUCUCACGUGGGACAUGUUUUCCGUAAGGCCACACCCUACACGUUCCCCGGUGGCACGGGCCAGAUCAUCAACAAGAACAACAGACGCCUGGCCGAGGUGUGGAUGGACGAGUUUAAAAAUUUCUUCUACAUCAUUUCACCUGGAGUGACGAAGGUUGACUAUGGGGACAUCUCAUCCAGAACCGCCUUGAGACAGAAGCUGCAGUGUAAGCCGUUCUCCUGGUACCUGGAGAGCAUCUAUCCCGACUCUCAAAUCCCACGCCACUACUACUCCCUGGGAGAGAUCCGUAACGUGGAGACUAACCAGUGUCUGGACAACAUGGCACGGAAAGAGAAUGAAAAAGUGGGCAUCUUCAACUGUCACGGCAUGGGAGGCAACCAGGUUUUCUCGUACACAGCCAAUAAGGAGAUCCGAACGGAUGACCUGUGUCUAGACGUGUCCAAACUGAACGGGCCUGUAAUGAUGCUCAAGUGCCAUCAUCUGAAAGGCAACCAGCUGUGGGAGUACGAUCCUCUGAAGCUGACCCUGGUGCACGUGAACAGUAAUCAGUGUCUGGAUAAAGCGUCGGAGGACGACAGCCAGGUGCCCAGCGUCAGAGACUGCAGCGGCAGCCGCUCACAGCAGUGGCUCCUACGCAACGUCACACUGCCCGAAAUCUUCUGAGCACACAGCGCAUGCACAUGAGGACGUACGGAGAGAGACGGACUGACACACUCUUCACACCAGCUCUGGUGGAGAAAGAAGAAAAGGAGCGCGAGCGAGGGAGGGAGGGAGGGAGGAAGCUGGAUGAUCUCUCUACACUUUCCUUUCACUUCCUAAUGGUGUGGUCUUGAGGCAGAGCCAAAAUUACAGACAUAUACGUGUACAUGAAUCUCCCCUUCACUCCACUUUACUGACACCCACAACGAGAUGGAGAGCGAGAAGAAGAAGAAGAGACUGUAUUUUACACAGAGAAACUUAGGAUCAGUGGCCUUGUCUUCCUUUAAGGAGCAGAGGGUGAUUAGGUGAUGUUUACCAGUUGCCUCCUUUUUAGAAUAUCAGAAUAUUGUGUGCAUGUGCACGUGUGUGUGUGUGUGUGUGUGUGUGCGUGUGUGUGUGUGUGUGUUGCUGAGACAGAAAGACUAUGUGGCAACACUGUGGCUUUUAAUUUAAUUCUAUCACAAGUUUAACGAGCAUUGAACACAUAUCAGUAGCUGCUUUCAUGAUCUCUUCUCUGAUUGGUCAGCGUAGGAACCAUGGGUUUCAUCUAUCAAUAUAAUAAUAAUAAUAAUAAUAAUUAUUAUAGUAGUAGUAGUAGUAGUAAAAACCCCAAAGAUAAAAAUGAAUGAAAAUGUUAGAUUAGUAAACAAUGAACAGGGUGACUGUCUUAACCAAGAAUUAUGUAGACUCGUUUGUGUCUUUUAUUAUUUAUUUGUUUUUAAACGAAGGCCCCAAAGUCAUUCCUUAAACUUUGACUAAGUAUAUUGGCUUUAGUUGCAGUUUGUAAGGUGUCUAGUGCUAUAACUCAGAUUUGCCCAGAAGCAGGCUGACCCUGAACUUUUGCCUUCCUCUGCAUUGGUUAGUAGGAGCUAUUUUACGCGUAAGCACAGGGAUUUCAUUAACGAACGAGGGCGUCGUUAUUCUGUCCUCGAAUCAUGUAUCAUUUAUAAAUUCAAGGGCUUAGCCUUUCUGUUUGUGUGUGUGUGUGUGUUUGUGUGUGCACAAUAUUGUCUUUUUCUGUUUUCGAAAUUGUUACUGUUUUAUGUCCGUGUAGAUCCUGUAUUUAAAUUUAUUCACACACACACACACACACACACACACACACACACACACACACACACACAAUCACUGCAUUUGUUUAAACCUGUGCAAAGGCCAAAAGAGAUUCAGCUAACAUAUGAAUUAUUUUACAUUUCAUUCACUUAUUCAUGCAUUUAAUUGACUUUUUAUAUUGCUUUGUAAAAUCAUGUGUUACGUUAAUGUAUUGCGUCUGUACUUUGUUCUCAUAUCAAUGGAGGCUGCAAAAAGAAAAAAGAAAAAAAAGAUAAAAGAGAAUGCUGCUUAGCACUGACUGUGGAUGUGAAAGACGGACUUCGCCCCCCCCCCCCCUCCCCCGCUUCAGCGUCUCACCCUCUGGAAUCCGGAUAAAGGACAAGCGGAACGUUUUCGCAGAAAUACAGACUCAUAAUGGCAUGAUGGAAAGGAAUGAGCGCAAAAAGAUACUCUUGUCUCUGUGUGUGUGUGUGUGUGUGUGUGUGUGUGUGUGUGUGUGUGUGUGUGUAGGUCAGAGAGGGACAUCAGAGAGAUCUACCCAUCAUCCCUCUCCUUCGGUCCCUCGUGGACAACUAGUUUACACACUUUUAUUUGCCCUCCGUCUGAUGUGAACGGGUGUCAUCUCUACAGAGGGGUGUGUGCAUGUGUGUGUGCGUGCGUGCGUGCGUGGGAGAGCAGCAUGCAUGUGUGUUAGUGUUUCUGUCAGAGGGUUUUUUUGUUUGUUUGUUUGUUUGUUUCCCAUUUUUCUUUAAAAGCUGAAUGAUGGUGUGGUGUGAUGAUUGACAGGUGACAGCACACAGAGCUUGAUCCACAGGCUGGAGAAAUAAACAGGGAAAGUUUACAGUCCAGCAGA